GGCUGCGAGGUCGCUCCAUGGAAAGGAAGUGGAAAACACAUAUCAAGUUCCGAGUUUCCUUGUCUUCUUUAUUGUUCUAUUCCCUUCUGGCUUUUGAGGCGUCUGUGCGGUCCAAGUAAUCCAGCCCAGGACGUCUUUCUUUUCACGGCAAAGAAUCACCAACUCGACAGUGAAUGAGACACUUUUACCAUUUCGAAAGCGACUCUGGCCUGAACCCCUGCAAUCCCGCAAUUGAGCCCCAACAACAAGAACCCCGGCUUUAACGGUUCAAUCCGAGCCAACAACCGAGCGAGAUAAAGACCACUGUGGCAUUCCGUCGCUGUUCUGAGUAGCACACACCUUUACCCUUUUGAGGAGGUUUCGUUUCACCCUGCUUCGGGUAGGUAUUUCCAUAAUAGCUACGAGUUAAAAAGAGUUGGAUUUUGGCCGCUGAGUAGAUGGGUUUACGUGGCCAAAGUUCAUGAUUAGUGCUGAUCCUUUAAAUUACACUUCACGCCGUAGCCCACUUUCCUCCUCCUCCUCCUCCUCCCCCGCCUCCUUUCCGGCCGAUGAGUAUUGGGACAAAAACGUUGAAAUCUCGUUGAAGCUCGGCAGAUCCUGAUUUUGUCACCCGCAUCGUUGUGUUUGCUGGCUCUGUACCUCUUGACCACGAAUUCGCCCCAGCGCUUUCGUAGCCAUCAUGGCUGAACUCGACACUCUGGACAUCGUCGUCCUCGGCGUUAUCUUCCUCGGAACGGUUGCAUACUUUACAAAGGGCAAGUUAUGGGGUGUUACCAAGGACCCCUAUGCGAAUGGCUUCGCUGCCGGCGGCGCUGCUAAGCCGGGUCGCACGAGGAACAUCGUUGAGGCAAUGGAAGAAUCCGGCAAGAACUGUGUUGUCUUCUAUGGUUCUCAGACCGGUACUGCUGAAGAUUAUGCUUCUCGCCUCGCCAAGGAGGGUAAGAGUCGAUUUGGAUUAAACACUAUGAUUGCCGAUCUUGAGGACUACGAUUUCGACAACCUGGAUACCGUCCCAAGUGACAACAUCGUCAUGUUCGUUCUCGCAACUUAUGGUGAAGGCGAGCCUACCGAUAACGCGGUCGACUUCUAUGAGUUCAUUACCGGCGAGGAUGCCAGCUUCAAUGAAGGCAAUGAUCCUCCGCUGGGCAACCUCAACUACGUUGCUUUUGGUCUUGGAAACAACACUUAUGAGCACUACAACUCUAUGGUCCGCAAUGUCAACAAGGCUCUCGAGAAACUUGGCGCUCACCGCAUUGGUGAAGCUGGUGAGGGUGAUGAUGGUGCUGGUACCAUGGAAGAGGAUUUCUUGGCUUGGAAGGAUCCCAUGUGGGAAGCCCUUGCUAAUAAAAUGGGACUGGAAGAGCGUGAAGCCGUCUACGAGCCCAUCUUUGCCAUUAACGAACGCGACGACCUGACUCCUGAAGCCAAUGAAGUGUAUCUCGGUGAGCCCAACAAGCUUCACCUCGAAGGCACCGCCAAGGGACCAUUCAACUCUCACAACCCCUACAUUGCCCCUAUCGCUGAAUCUUACGAGUUGUUCUCCGCCAAGGACAGAAACUGCCUCCACAUGGAAGUUGACAUCAGCGGUUCUAACCUCAAGUACGAGACUGGAGACCAUAUUGCUAUCUGGCCUACCAACCCUGGUGAGGAGGUCAACAAAUUCCUGGAUAUUCUCGACCUCUCCGGCAAGCAGCACAGCGUUGUCACUGUCAAGGCUCUCGAGCCAACCGCCAAGGUUCCUUUUCCCAACCCUACAACCUACGAUGCCAUUCUGCGAUACCACCUCGAGAUCUGCGCUCCUGUUUCGCGUCAAUUCGUCUCUACUCUCGCCGCAUUCGCUCCCAACGAUGAUAUCAAGGCUGAGAUGAACCGCCUUGGUAGCGACAAGGAUUAUUUCCACGAGAAGACUGGUCCGCAUUACUACAACAUUGCCCGUUUCCUCGCCAGCGUCAGCAAGGGCGAGAAGUGGACCAAAAUCCCCUUCUCUGCCUUCAUCGAGGGUCUCACCAAGCUCCAGCCCCGUUACUAUUCUAUUUCUUCCUCGUCUCUGGUUCAGCCCAAGAAGAUCUCCAUCACUGCCGUCGUUGAGUCCCAGCAGAUUCCUGGCCGAGAUGAUCCUUUCCGUGGUGUUGCCACAAACUAUCUUUUUGCCCUAAAGCAAAAGCAGAACGGCGACCCCAACCCUGCACCUUUCGGUCAGAGCUACGAGCUUACAGGCCCCCGCAACAAGUAUGAUGGCAUCCACGUUCCUGUCCAUGUUCGUCACUCCAACUUCAAGCUUCCCUCGGACCCUGGUAAGCCUAUCAUCAUGAUCGGUCCUGGUACUGGUGUCGCUCCCUUCCGCGGAUUCGUUCAGGAGCGUGCUAAGCAAGCCCGUGAUGGUGUUGAGGUUGGAAAGACACUCUUAUUCUUUGGUUGCCGAAAGUCAACAGAGGAUUUCAUGUACCAGAAGGAGUGGCAGGAAUACAAGGAGGCUCUUGGCGAUAAGUUUGAGAUGAUCACCGCCUUUUCUCGAGAGGGCUCCAAGAAGGUUUAUGUCCAGCACCGACUUAAGGAGCGAUCCAAGGAGGUCAGCGACCUGCUCUCCCAGAAGGCUUAUUUCUAUGUCUGCGGUGAUGCAGCCCACAUGGCCCGUGAGGUCAAUACCGUCUUGGCACAAAUCAUUGCCGAGGGACGUGGGGUCUCUGAGGCCAAGGGCGAGGAGAUCGUGAAGAACAUGAGGUCAGCGAACCAAUACCAGGAGGAUGUUUGGUCAUAGAAAAUGGGGCGAAUGGCAUACUAAAUUUAAAGUCAAGUCAUCAGCGGCGAUGACUCUUCAGGUUUCAUGGUUGGUGUUCUGCUCUACUGCGAUUAUGUCCGUGGUGGUGAUAUUUGACGAGCAUACGAAGUAGAAUGGAGGCUUUUCUUGCGGCAAAUUAGAGGGAUGGUGUUAGGAUGGCUUGGUACAUUACGGUAUAUGAUUUGCGGCAUCUACAUUGUUGUCAUCGUUUGUAACCUGUCCGAGAGAGCGUUGGUUAUCUGCGUCGUAACAGCCUUUCUGCCACUUAGACACGGACUUGCCGACAGAAGCAAGUUUGUAAAUCAUCACCUCAUGCUACCUUAGUAAGACGAACCAAGUAUAAGAUGUAAAGAAUCAAAACGCCAUGUUUGAAAUAUUGUCCAG